AUGGAGGAGGAGGAGGCUCUGAGGAAGAGGAAGCUGCCCCAGGAUAACCAGGCAGACAAGGAGCUGAGGACAGAGACCAUGGAGGACAAAUCCCCGCGGCAGAACCUCGAGGAAGAGGUCGUUUGGAGCGGCUCCACGUCGCAGGAAUCCAGCGGGGAGGAAGAGCCGCGGAGAUCCCGCACGAGGAGGGGCUGCAAACGCAGAUCACGGGGAUCUGAGGAGGAAAGACCCAGCCUGGGCCAGGCAGGGGGUCGGAGAUGGAGCCGGAGCUCGGACCUGGUGGUUCAUGAGCAGCUUCAUGAUGGAGAGAAGCUCCACAAGUGCUUGGAGUGCGGGAUGAGCUUCAGAUGGAGGAGCAGCCUUAUCUGUCACCAGAGGAUCCACACCGGGGAACGGCCCUACAAAUGUGGGGAUUGUGGGAAGGACUUCAGGCAACGUUCCAGCCUAAUCUGUCACCAAAGGAUCCACACUGGGGAGAAGCCCUACGAGUGCUCAGAGUGUGGGAUGAGGUUUCCCGUCAACUCCCAGCUCAUGCAGCACUACCAGACACACACGGAUGAGAGACCCUACGAGUGUCCUGACUGUGGGAAGGGCUUCAGGAAAAACUCCACACUCAUGAGACACCGGCGCAUCCACACUGGGGAGAGGCCCUACGAGUGUCUCGAGUGUGGGAAAGGCUUCAGCGACAGCUGCAGGCUGAUGUACCACCGGAGGAUCCACACUGGGGAGACGCCCUACAAGUGUGAGGAGUGUGGGACGAGUUUCCGGCUGAGCAGCCAAUUGAUCCGCCACCAGAAGAUCCACACUGGGGAGAGGCCCUGCAUAUGUGGGGAUUGUGGGAAGGGCUUUAGGGAACGUUCCAAGCUCGUCCAGCACCAAAGGAUCCACACUGGGGAGAGGCCCUACAUAUGUGGGGAUUGUGGGAAGGACUUCAGGACAAUCUGUACUCUCAUCAAGCACCAGCGCAUCCACACUGGGGAGACGCCCUACAAGUGUGAGGAGUGUGGGAAGAGUUUCUGGCUGAGCAGCGAAUUGAUCCGCCACCAGAAGACCCACACUGGGGAGAGGCCCUACAAAUGUGGGGAUUGUGGGAAGGAUUUCAGGCAACAUAGCACCCUGAUCCGUCACCAAUUUAUCCACACUGGGGAGAUGCCCUACGAGUGCUCAGAGUGUGGGAAGAAGUUUCCCGUCAACUCCCAGCUCAUGCAGCACUACCAGACACACACGGCUGAGAGGCCCUACAAGUGUCCUGACUGCGGGAAGGGCUUCAGGGAUAACUCCAAGCUUGUUAUUCACCGGCGCAUCCACACCGGGGAGAAGCCCUAUGAGUGUGAGGUGUGUGGGAAGAGCUUCAGCAACAGCUCCUCACUGAUCCUCCACCGGAGGAUCCACACUGGGGACCGGCCCUACAAGUGUGAGGAGUGUGGGAAGAGUUUCCGGCAGAGCACUGAAUUGAUCCGCCACCAAAAGGUCCACACUGGGGAAAGGCCCUACAAGUGUGGGGAUUGUGGGAAGGACUUCAGGCACCGUUCCAACCUAAUCCGUCACCAAAGUAUCCACACUGGAGAGAAGCCCUACGAGUGCUCAGAGUGUGGGAAGAGGUUUUACUGCAGCUCCCAGCUCAUGCAGCACUACCAGACACACACGGAUGAGAGACCCUACGAGUGUCCUGAUUGCGGGAAGGUCUUCAGGAAAAACUCCAACCUCAUCAUCCACCGGCGCAUCCACACCGGGGAGAGGCCCUAUGUGUGUACUGAAUGUGGGAAAAGCUUCUCCUGCAGAUCAGCGUUGACCAUACACCAACGGAGGCACCAGUAA